AAAAAUUUACCAGUGAACUCCUAUCCUCCUUCCUCUGUUCAUCUUGGGGUUCACGAGAUCUGUGCUUCUCAAUGUUUCUCGAUUUUCCCCGCUUUGGAAUUGUCUUUUGAGUUGUCAGUGCUCUGCCACAAGAAUAAGUCCUUGUCGAAUAAUCAGGGUUUCCAGGUCUUUGUUUGCCCAAUCGACGUCAGCGGCCCCGGCGGUUUCGUACCUAAUUAUCGAACAACACCACGAUUUUUACUCGUCCUCUUUCAUUUCACUAACCACCUCCGUUACCUAGAGCAAUCUCUCUGGUCUAGCAUCGGCAACAUCAACCCAGUAAAUGAUCAUACCACGAUGCCUGACUCGCUCCAAAUCCAGCUCGUCAACCAGACGACAUCCAACGAUGUAUACGCCUUCAUCACCGGGCUCGCCAUACGAAACAACAUGGCCCGCGUAUUUCUUGGGGCAGACGGAAGAGGCCUCUAUUACCCCGAACCGCCGCCGCCCGGCCGGAUCCUGCAGCCGCUGACCCAAGACUGCGCCAUCCCGCUCGGCCCCCCCGGGAACACCGUGACCGUGACCAUCCCGCAGAUGGCCGGCGGGCGCAUCUGGUUUAGCGCCGAGAAGCAGCUGACCUUCCUGCGCAACCCGGGCGGACCCGGCGGCGGCGCCGCCCUCGUCGAACCCUCCGUCCUGAACCCGAGCGACCCGAACGCGGGCGUGGACUUCGCCUUUUGUGAGUUCACCCUCAACGACGACCAGCUGUUUGCCAACAUCACCUACGUCGACUUCGUGCCCCGCCUGCCCGUCUCCCUGACCCUCCGGACGCGCGGGGGCGCGGUCCAGCACGUCAGCGGCAUGGCACAUGACGGCCUCGAGAGGGUCUGCGCAGGCUUGAGGGAGCAGGCCGCCAGGGACGGUUGGCCGUGGGACAAGCUGAUCGUUCAGCCCGAAGGGCACGAGAGUCCCCUGAGGGCGUUAAAUCCCACCCACGGCAAUGCGGUUGGCGCCAGUUUCGACGGCUACUUUGAACCCCUCGUCGAGGACGCGUGGAGGAAAUACUCGGAGUUUCUGCAGCCCCAGCCCCAGCCGCAACAGCAACAGCAACAGCAGGCCGAACCAUCCGAGGAAAAGCGCCGUCACCGAUUCCAGCUUUCCUUCCUCAGCCGCGGGACCGACCGGUUGCGGCCGGCUCCGUUCUCUUCAUCAGGACUACCACCACCAAUACCACCGCGGCCACCCACCACCCUACGCAUCAACACCCAGGCGGCGCCGGGCGUCCUCGAGGGGCGCGUCCCCGCCGGGUCGGCGGAGCUGGUGAUCGGCGGGGAGCGGUUUGCGCGGCCGACGACGGCCGACAUCCUGGGGUGCAACAGCGGGCCGUUCGCGCCGGGGGGGGCGUCGCCGGCGCGGCUGGCCAUCAUCCCGCGGCUGGCGGCGGCCUUCCAGCGCGGCUGCGUCUGCGCCGUGCGCGACCACCCCUCGGACCCGGCCACCUUCUACCCGCGCGACGGCCGGCCGGCGAACCACUACGCCCGCGUCGUGCACGAGUGCAACCUGGACGGCAAGGGGUACGCGUUUGCGUACGACGACGUCCAGCCCGACGGCGGCGCGGACCAGAGCGGAAAGGUGAAUGCCGGCGACCCGGACUUGCUCAUCGUCGCCGUCGGCGGUCGCGGCGCAUACGUCGGGGAUAGGAUGCCGUGAGAGAAGAAGAAGAAAAAAAAUGUAAUGAAAGAGAGAAAGCAAAAACGAGGGAGGCUCUGGACAUUUUCGGCUGGCAUGGAAAAGGUUGAUCUUGGUGUGGAUUUAAUAUCGAUCAAUAUUAUAAUACCCUGGCUCGCUUUGAUGCGAAAACCAUGAAAAUGCAAAUAGACAAUGUAAGCGCCAACCCAGAAAACGCCACGCUCCCUUAAUUAUACAGCCUAAUAGAUCUGCUGGGCAUCGUACGCGCGAACGCUUUCCAUCCAUUUCCGCACCUCGCCUAUGUCUUUGCACACAUGAUGCUGUUCAUCAUCUGUGUCAGCCCGGAUCCUGAGCGCCGGUCCA